AACACAUACAUAUACAUUAAUUUAAUCAACGUGAUAUAUAUGAUUAUUUUAUCUGCAAUAACUCAGUAUUACAACUGUAAUAAUAUACGUGUGGAGGUUAAUUACUAUUUAUUUCAAUAAAUCGUACAAUAAAAUUUAAAACUGAACUUUUCAGUUUGUAAAGGGUUACUUUCUUUUUCUUAUGAUAUUCUAUCUAUGAAACUGCUUUAUUCAUGACGAUUUGUGAAAGUUUAUAAGUAAACUUGCGCUUAUGGUUGUUUUGUUCUAUCCUUAUGGCAUCACCAGCACCGAAAUCACCAGAACAAUCUGAAAGAAACAGAAAAUAUGAUAGACAAUUAAGGUUAUGGGGUGAUCAUGGUCAAACUGCGUUAGAAAGUGCACAUGUUUGUGUCAUAAAUGCUACAGGCCUUGGUACAGAAAUUUUAAAAUCCUUAGUCUUACCAGGCAUUGGAGCAUUUACAAUCGUAGAUGGAAAAAAGGUUACUAAUGAAGAUAUUGGGGCAAAUUUCUUUCUAGAAGCAGACUGUAUAGGGAAAUCAAGAGCACAGGUAGCAACGCAAAUGUUGUUAGAAUUAAAUUCUGAUGUUAGAGGUGAUUAUAUAGAUGAGGAACCUGAAGAAAUUUUAUGCAACAGUCCUGACUUUUUCAACAAUUUUACUGUUGUUGUAGCUACAUCGUUAGUUGAAAAAUCUUUAAUUCUUCUGUCACAAAGGCUUUGGGAAUUAAACAUACCUUUAAUAGUGUGUAGAAGUAUAGGAUUUAUUGCAUAUAUGAGGGUUCAAAUAAAGGAACAUACAGUCAUAGAAACACAUCCAGACAAUGAAACUCCAGAUUUGCGUUUAGAUAAACCAUUUGAGACAUUAAAGAAGCAUCUUGAUUCCAUAAAUUUAGAUGAACUGAGUUUUAAAGAUCACUCUCAUAUACCAUACUUAGUUAUAUUGUACAAAUUUUUAGAAAAUUGGAUUUUAAAUAAUGGGGAAUUACCAAAAACUUAUAAAGAAAAAAGUCAAUUAAAAGAAAUGAUAAAAGAAGGAAUGAGAAGAGAUGAGAAUGAUACUGCAAAUAGUGAAGAAAAUUUUGAAGAAGCCAUUAAAGCUGUUAAUACAUGUGUAGGAUGUACUGAAAUUCCAGAGAAUGUAAUGAAUAUUCUUAAUGAUGAUAAAUGCAUCAAUUUAACAGCUAAGAGUAGUUCAUUUUGGAUUAUAGCUAAAGCAAUAAAAGAUUUUGUUGAAAAUGAGGGAGGUGGACUAUUACCAUUAAAAGGUACUUUGCCAGAUAUGACAGCAGAUACGGAAAAAUAUAUAACAUUUCAGCAAAUAUAUCACAAACAAGCGAUACUUGAUGCAGAAGCAGUAUGGCGACGUACAUUGCAACUGUUACGACAAUUAGGAAAAUCUUCAGAUUCCAUUUCUGAAAGAGAAGUCAAGUUGUUCUGCAGACAUGCUUUGAACAUACACGUCCAAAGAGGAACAUGUAUUGCAAAUGAAUAUGAUUCUAAAAUUUUUGAUGCAAGCAAUAUAGUGCAAUGUUUAGAAAAUCCCGAGAGUAUGAUGAUUUAUUAUGUUGUUCUUAGGGGGGUUGAAAAAUUUCAAACAGAAUAUAAUUCAUAUCCUGGAGAAUUUGAUGAUCAAGUAGAACCUGAUAUAGUUAAGCUUAAGGCAUGCAUAACGAAGUUACUGAAUGAAUGGGGAUGUGGACCAUUGGUAAAAGAUGAUUAUGUUCAUGAAUUUUGUCGAUUUGGUGGAGCGGAGUUGCAUUCAGUAUCAGCAUUUCUAGGUGGCCUUGCAGCUCAAGAAGUUAUAAAAUUUGUUACAAAUCAAUAUAAACCAGUUCAUAAUACCUUUAUAUAUGAUGCAGUGACUUCAAGUUCUGGAAUAUUUUUCUUUUAAUACUAUUAAAUAGUAAAUUAAUGGUAUGCUCCUGUAUGAAAUACAAAUAUACAAUUUUAUAAUUUAUGUAAUAAAUUUUGUUCAUUUUAUGACUGAAUAUAAUAUAAUGACAUUUUAAAAAUACAUUUUAUAAAAAUGGAAAAGCGUCACGAAAUGUGACUUAGAAAUGUUUUAAGAUAUAUUGAAACUCAGGUUGAACGAGUAUAAUAUCAACACUUUAAUGUAAUAAUUAAUUGAUACACAAAUUAUUUUAUCCUUAUAUAUAAUAAUAAAUCGCUAUUAAUAACUAUUACUUAUGACAAACUAUUAUUUUAAUUUAUAGUAAAUAUGUCUAAGGCAUAAAGCAAAUUAAUAUUUCGUGUCUUAUAACCAAUAUUGUACGCAAAUAUUUUACCGGUGUUCUAGUCUCAAUAUAACAAUAAAAUGAUGAAUUGUGCUUUGAUUUUUAAUUCUUUUGCUUUGUACAAUAUUAGUAUCUUAUAUUAUAUUGUUACACAGAUUGUAAAUUAACUAUGUACUAAAUUAACUAAUUAAUUAUUUGUUAUAAUUGGGAAUACCACAAUAUAAAAAUGUAAUAUUUUACUUUUGCAUGAGCCAUUUCAGUAUCUGAUCAGGAAUUAUUAAUUAUUUUAUUACUUUUAACAUGACAUUUUUUAGAUAAAUUUUUGCUUGUAUUUAAUAAUCAAUGGUUUACAUAGAUUUCUUUAAAAAGAUAUUGACACAGAAGUGGUUAAGCAAAAGUUUGACAAAGCGAUUUUAGUAAUAAUGAUGAACAUAAUAUUAAUAAUAUACAUUUUGUACUUCACAUACACACUUAGCACCAAUAAAUAUAUAGAUUUAAACUGAAUCUGUUAAUAAUCCCUAGCGAUAAAAAAUAUUGAGCCAUAGACAAUCAAGUGAAAUUCUACAUAAGAGAAACAGAUGAAAGGUUUAAAAAAUACUCAACUUUUGAAGACAUCAAAAAUUACAAAAGAUUACAGAGUUACCAUGAACAAGUAAUUGGUAAAAGAAGAAAGAUACAAUAUUAAUAUCAAUAGGAGAACAUCUAUUUUUAAUGUAUGAGAGAAACACCGGUAGAGGAUUACAAUCUUUGGUGUGUACUUGAAGGAUUUCAUUUAUUACCUUCUUUGUUUGUUAAGAUUUGAGCCGUAUAGUUUGUUUAUGAAUUUUAAUGAUUAUUCUACCAUUUAUGAAAGGAACAAAUACUUGUGCAACAAUAAAUGACUUAAAAAAUUAUUUAUAUGAUUAUUUUUAAAUUUUCAUAUUUCCUUACAUAUUAACACACUUAUUGUUUUAUGUUCUUUAUUAAACACACACAGUAGGUAUUCUGAUCUUUUGCUAUAAAAAUAUCACUUUUGUGAGCACAGAAUUAUUUUACUCAAAUAUGGGCAUAAAUAAUUUGUUAUAUAAAGAAUAAUAACGAUAUAGUAACAAAGAAAAGAAUGAGAUUUUGAUGAAUUAAAACAAUACUGCCUUGGAUAAUGUAUAUAUCGCAUGUAUAACAUUAUUUAAUUGUGAAACUAUACGACUCCAUUGUGAUCAUUAUUAAGAUAGGUAUCAGAAGAUUUUUAUAAGUGCAGAAAAUUUUCAAGGCAUGAGUUAUUAAUAAGACCAACUAUGUUAGUAGUAUUAUUAAAGUUUCUGUGAUAGGUUCUUGGUACAAGAAAUAUUAGUAAUCUGUUAUACUGUUGACAUUCUAAAGAACAAUCUCUAAUUUAUUAGGAAUAUUAAAAUAUUAGGCAAAAAUCAUAAUAUAGUAUAGAUAAGUUUUAAUAUGCAACAAAUAUUGACAUUUAUUAAACCCACAGAAAGAAAAGUAUUAAGUAUUUCUUUUCAUGCUAAGAGAUA